GCCAUGCUGUCGACUGUCGACCGGCCGAGCACAAACAAACAUUCUAAAUUUUAAAACAAUCUAUUUUUCUGGAUUUCUGGUGUGCGUAUCCCUCUUAAUUCAUUGCGAAUGGGAAGUCUAUAACUGUAACGCCAUGCCACUAUAUUUCAUUCUACAAAAUUGUAUUGUAAAUGUCGCAAAACGAAGACUCAAAAUAGUAUGACAGAACUACAAACUGUGUGAGUGUCCGUAUGCAUAUACAUAUAUUAAAAGCUUUAAAAACAUUAUCUCAUGAUAUAUAUUAUAUAAAUUUUAAUAUUAUUAGUUGAUCGCUUUAGGCUAUAUAAGUAUAUUAUAUAGCUACAUAUGUGAUAUGUAUUAAAAGCUUUAAAAACAGUAUCAUGAUAUAUAUUAUAUAAAUUUUAAUAUUCAAAUCCUUUUAGGCUAUGUAAGCAUUAUUACAUAUAGCUUUUAAUACGCAUCAAAAUAUCGAUUUUAGCAACAAUUUGAACAUAAUUAAGGGAUGAUCACGAUCCGUAACCCUAUCUUACCAGUGGUACCACUGAUACCAUUUGACAUUAUUUUCAAGGGUCCCCCAACUGCCAUGACCCUUGGUUUACGGAUGGUAAACUUACUUUCACGAUCCGUAACCAUAUCUUACCACUGGUACCACUGGUACCACUCGACAUGAUUUUGAAGGGUACCCCAACUGCCAUGGCCCUUGGUUUACCGAUGGUAAACGUACUUUCACGAUCCGUAACCAUAUCUUACCACUGGUACCACUGGUACCACUCGACAUGAUUUUGAAGGGUACCCCAACUGCCAUGGCCCUUGGUUUACCGAUGGUAAACGUACUUGCACGAUCCGUAACCAUAUCUUACCACUGGUACCACUCGACAUGAUUUAGAAGGGUACCCCAACUGCCAUGGCCCUUGGUUUACGGAUGGUAAACUUACUUUCACGAUCCGUAACCAUAUCUUACCACUGGUACCACUCGACAUGAUUUUGAAGGGUACCCCAACUGCCAUGGCCCUUGCUUUACGGAUGGUAAACUUACUUUCACCAUCCGUAACCAUAUCUUACCACUGGUACCACUGGUACCACUCGACAUGAUUUAGAAGGGUACCCCAACUGCCAUGGCCCUUGCUUUACGGAUGGUAAACUUACUUUCACGAUCCGUAACCAUAUCUUACCACUGGUACCACUGGUACCACUCGACAUGAUUUUGAAGGGUACCCCAACUGCCAUGGCCCUUGCUUUACGGAUGGUAAACUUACUUUCACGAUCCGUAACCAUAUCUUACCACUGUUACCACUGGUACCACUCGACAUGAUUUUGAAGGGUACCCAAACUGCCAUGGCCCUUGGUUUACGGAUGGUAAACGUACUUUCACCAUCCGCAACCAUAUCUUACCACUGGUACCACUGGUACCACUCGACAUGAUUUAGAAGGGUACCCCAACUGCCAUGGCCCUCGGCUUACGGAUGGUAAACUUACUUUCACGAUCCGUAAUCAUAUCUUACCACUGGUACCACUGGUACCACUCGACAUGAUUUUGAAGGGUACCCCAACUGCCAUGGCCCUUGGUUUACGGAUGGUAAACUUACUUUCACCAUCCGCAACCAUAUCUUACCACUGGUACCACUGGUACCACUCGACAUGAUUUAGAAGGGUACCCCAACUGCCAUGGCCCUUGGUUUACGGAUGGUAAACGUACUUGCACGAUCCGUAACCAUAUCUUACCACUGGUACCACUGGUACCACUCGACAUGAUUUAGAAGGGUACCCCAACUGCCAUGGCCCUUGGUUUACGGAUGGUAAACUUACUUUCACGAUCCGUAACCAUAUCUUACCACUGGUACCACUCGACAUGAUUUAGAAGGGUACCCCAACUGCCAUGACCCUCGGUUUAUGGAUGGUAAACUUACUUUCACGAUCCGCAACCCUAUCUUACCAACCGUACCACUGGUACGGAUGCACUGUACAACAGACACAAAUCGACAACAAUACCAAUGGUAGAUGGUAGAUUUAUGAAAUUUACCAUUCGUAUCGUAUCGUGGUAUUGGACCAUGUUCAAAUCGUUGUAGAAAUCGCAGUGAAAAUUGCAAGUGUAAACAGGCCUUUGUGUUUAUGGAAGUAUAAAUAUUCACUAAAGCAUAAGCAAGAAUAUAUCAAGUGGAAUCUGUUGAAUUAAUCGCUGUUUUUAUAGUGCGUACAAAUACGAACGACAAAUACUAUCGGAUUUCAUAUUAAGUCUAAUACUGCUAUAUUUCACUAUAUUUUAGAUAGUAUUUUAAUGCGUUUCGCAGUUUUAUAGGCUACGCUUCAAAUUUUGUAUUUGCAUGUAUAUUUCGUAUAUGCGAUAACACAUCUUUGAUUUGCAAUCACUACAAACAGUAUUUUAAAACGUUCAUGACGUGUGCUUCUUAAAGGCAGCAUUUACUACAUUUUAGGUAACCUAGUUUGUAUUUGUAGUUCAACAUGUCAGACACAGACAGACAACUUCCCGCACGAAAUAAAUUUGAUUAAUUGCUCGUGACUUUGAAAUUUAUACUUUUUUAAAUAAAUUUGAUGCAAUCCAAAACCUGUACUGAUAAGAUUUGACAUAAACCCAUAGCAUAAACCUCGAAAAUCGAAAUAAAUAACACAGUAUACGCGAUCGACUGUCAGCAUUUCAUUCAGCUCACACAACAAUAUCAAAUUUCUCCCUAAAUAUUCGUUUCUUUCUAUGCUAACCACAAUAAUAAUUUAAGCUUAUAUUGCCUCUGCAGGCAGUUGUAGUAGUUUGAUAUUCCAAUCCUUUGUUUCCGAAAAAUAGUCGAUUUUGUGAUCAAAAUGUACAUUUCGUAAUACAAAUCCCUAUUGCACUGACUGGCUUUCACUGGCUGCGAGCUUGAGAAUCCCGCGCGUGCGCACUGAAAAUUGGUUACGUUUUGUGCACGCGAGUUGCCCUUCUAUUCAUUUCUUAUUUUAUGACCUGAUCAUUCAUUCUGAGAUUGGACCGCCUGUGGUUCUAUUUGCUUUUAAUGCCCGCAGCAAUCCCUACCUUGCAGGUACCCUAGUAUUAAUCAUUAAUUGCACAAUUAUUAUUUACUGCGCGAUUAUUUCUUUUAUGCAAGAGAAAAUCGCUUUCUUUAAAAUUCAACUUCAUUUUGUCAAGAGUUCUUAAUUCUUUUGUAAGCAACUUGGCAUAAUUUAAUUGCUGCCGCAGCGAGCGAGCAAGGCAGCAGACUAAAAUCGUACAGCUACUCAAAAUCUCAAUUUUGCUAGAGCCGCAAAGCAUGUUGGUUGAAAGUCAUUUUACCAACAUGCAACGCGCGGCUAUAUGAACGAAUUCCAUUCGAGCACGUGUUCUCUCAGUUCUCGAGAGUUCAGAGUGGACAAACAAAGUUUAGUAACUCAACAAGCGUACCGUAUGCGUAUGGAUUGCUGCGGAAUUAAGAGUAAAUAGAACUAUAUAGUACAAAUUACUGAUAAAGCACAAUUAUUACUCGCAUGCGUGCAUGCAGCGAGCCAAGACCAGGGGUUAAAGGGUAAUCACUGGUGACAUAUAUUAAACAUGUGCGUCUCAUUGAACACUUGCGUGUGAAUGUUUUAUGUUUAUGGAGGUAUAAAUAUUCACUAAAGCAUAAGCAAGAAUAUAACAAGUGGAAUCUGUUGAAUUACGCGCUGCUUUUAUAGUACGCGUACAAAUACAAACGGAAAAUACUAUCGAGUAUCGGAUUUCAUAUUAAGUCUAAUAGUACUACUAUAUUGCACUAUAUUUUAAGGCCUGUUUACACUUGCAAUUUUUGCUGCGAUUUUAAGUGCGAUUUUUUCUGCUGACGUGAUGGCGACGUAAAAUCGCCAAUGUAAACACACUUCCAGUGCAACUUCACUGCAACAAGCUGCAAAUAUUUUGAUCGUGAUCGAAAUUUAUCGCAACUCGCUGCAUGCGGUUUUUCAAAAGCUAUGACCGUGCUACCCCUCAACGGCAGGCAUUGUCACCUUUAAUAAAGGCUUUAAUAUCGAAGCCAAGCAACAUAAACUUACAUUAAAUAAUUACAAUUCUUCACCUUCACGCUGUUUUUAAAAGCAAUAAUUGCACAGAUAAAUCUAGCUUACUAUAUAAUUAUAAAUGCAGUUAACUAACAUGACAUAUGAAAUAAAAAACGAAGUACAACAAACUACUGCAAUACUGAAUACUAUCAAUAUAUUUACCGCGUUCACUUUGGUCUUUGUCUUUGUAGUAACUUUAGAACAAAAAGUGUUUCUAUUCAUUUGUAUGCGAGUGGUAGUUCAAUACAGAAAGUUUCAGACCCACUUUGCAUGACAUAACUCAUAUUAAAGUCUUGGCUUUUAUACGCUGUAUUUUUAUAGAAUAAACUAAGGCUGCGUCCAGACUGGGUGCCCGGCACUGGUGCCCGGCACUUGUUUUGGCUCCCAGUUUGAACAUGACGCUUUCAAAUGAAAUUGGGCACAGUGCCCAAGAACGGGAACUACCUCUAGAGGUAGUACUCAACAACGGCACUGUGCUCAACAUGUUUUGUGAACCAUUUUGAACAUUGGGCACCAGUGCCGGGCACUCAGUCUCAGCCAAUCACUAGUCAGAAAACAACAGUAAACAACCUAAUUAGAACAAAAUGUUUGUAUUGCUUGUAAACUUGAAUGAAGUAUUGAAAAUUUAACUCGAUAUACAAGCCGGUAAAAUGGAAAAAUCGCUGCAAAUUGCAGUGUUGUCGCACCAAAGUUGCAGUCAAAAUCGCAGGGUGUUUACAUUGGAGAUUUCAAAAAAUCGCCGUAGAAAUCGCAGUGAAUAUUGCAAGUGUAAAUAGGCCUUUAGAUAGUAUUUUAAUAACGUUUCGCAGCCGUUUAGGCUACGCUUCAAAUUUUCGGUAUUUGUAUAGGCCUAUUUCGUAUAUUCGACAACACAUCUUUGAUUUGCACUCACUAUAGACAGUAUAGUUUUAAAACGUUUUUGGCGUGUAAGGGCCUGUUUACAUGGAGGCGAGUUACCCGGCAAGGCGAGUUACUAGGCAAAGGCGAGUUCCCGGCUAUUAUAGAAACUUAUAGUAAUCCCGGGUGACUGUUUAAUAAGCGCCGAGCAAUUCACGAAAACUUAUCUAUCGAUUCGUAUGUAUUUUUGAGCUAUUAUAUUUCAAAUGCAGAGCAAAUACAUUCUACUCGGGCGGCCGAGUUACCCGGGCAAAGUGUUUAGGCCUACGUGGAAAAUAUUCAUCCGCCAUUUCGGCGUCAUGCGGCAACCAUGCGACAAAUGCCGAGUAACCCGGUUUCAUAUAAACAGAGCGCUUGUUUAUCCCGCCUGGGCGAGUAACUCGCACUCCUAGCAGUGCGAUUCGGGCUGAAAUCGCAUCUUCUUUCAACCGAUCACAUUAGAGUGGUGACUUCAGCCAACCAAUUAUAUUUAAUCAUAGGAUUCAAACAGCCAAUCCAUUUUAAGGAAAAUGUUAUAUGAUGGCAAAUGAGCAAGAACCAAAAAUUUACCUAUGUCAUGAUUUAUACUCUUGACUCUUGAGUGCCUAAGCAAUUUUUUGCACAUAAAAGCAAAAAAAUAUGGAUAGGUACAGUAAACUAUCAAAGAAUUGCAAAGAAUUUUAAAUUUUUUGCAAUUUCACAAAUAGUACAACAGGCAAAAAUGCCAACAAAAGCAACUUUAAAGAGUCAGGGAGAACAAAGAUAAACUCGCCUACCGUAUUUCCAAUUUUAAACGCACAAAACUGAACAAAAACUCUUUCAAAUCACGUCGUAAAACCUACAAUAUGUUUAAACUAAUACUUGUGUUGUCUCUUAUUCUUUAUAAAUGUCUUAAUUUCUUAAACAUUUUUGUAGUGUUUUGAACGUAUUAUAAACAAACAUCUUGCUUGCUUAUUGUUGCUAUGCUACAGCCCUCAGGGAGGUACCGGAGGUGUGUCUUUUGCAAACAAAAACGUUUCCGGUUUACAAAAAUAUUUAAGAUUUAAAAAUGAAUAUAAUAAAGUGGAAAUUGAAUUUCGUGCCGUGCAAUUUUGGAAUGAAAUCAAACUUGUGAUUACAAAUCGCACUCCUUCAUCGCGGUCGUGCGAUUUUGUAAUCACGCUUUUGAUAUUUCAGUCCAAAUUUCAGUCCACUCAGUUCAAUUAUCAUUAUGUAUACUGUGUUCUAUAAUCUACCACAGAAUCUACUAACACGUAUCUUGUCUUCCAAUAGAUAAAUUGAUUUGUGACGAGAACAAAAUGAAGAUAUUUAUUCCGAAAUCAUUUCUCAAUGUUUCUUCAGUCUUACAAUUACAACUACUCGAGAGUUCGUGCAAACCUCAGAGACAAAGACCUAUUACGUCUUCACCACUUCACUCACUGCAUGUGGUACAACUAUGACAACAAAAAAUAACGGCAAAACAGUUUCAUUUCAUAACAGAGUUGUUGAAAGAUUACCAGGAUUUGGUAAAUCGAUUUCAAGAUCUAAAGAAAUCAAUUUUCCCAUCAAAUGUAAUUACCCUCGAAGUUAUCUUCUCUCAUCCGCAACGUUUGGUCUCGCCAAUUUUUCCGUCUCUCCAAGCGAUGCCAGUGGAAAAGGUAACAUGUCGGUAAAAAUGGGACUUUACAAAGACCAGUCAUUUAGUAAACCACUUGUUGGAGAUCCAUCACUGAACGAACGUCUUUAUGUUGAAAUUGGACCGAACGCGACAAACUCGAGUUCGGAGAAGUCAUCAUUUGGAAUAAAGUUAAACGAAUGUUACGUCACUUCAAAGAGUCACUUGGAUGAAUUUAAAUAUCUCUUGAUUGAACGCGGGUAAGUCAAUUAACAAGAUUAGCUAGAACAAUGGUAGAAUUUCUGGAAAAAAAACCCAACAAUGUUUCUCUGUUUUAACAAUGGAACUGUGCAAGUGUAUUACACAUAUAGUGCCGAUUUCCCAGGAAAUUUGGCCGCUCUAAAAUCUCCACACGGGGACAUGUUUCCUAUGAACUAUGCCCUUUCUUCACAAAGUGAAGCUCCUGGCCCCCUUUUAAGACUGAAAAAAUCUAGGAAUAAUCUAUAUGUUAAAACAUUAGCAGCCGAUCUUUAUCUGAUAUACAAACACGAGCAGAAGAAUGACUUCAUUGGCGCGCGAAGUAAUUUUGAAAAUAAACAUUGUCUGAGGGCAUGUUUAUAUGGAAGCCGGGCUGGCGCUAAGCGAGACAUGCCAGGUAAGCGAGAUCUCGCUGUGUAGUUAUUUUUAUAGUAGAAAUUAUCGUGCGUUUAUAUGGACAAACGGGCUGGCCCGGUUGCCGAGAUCUCGCUUGAAAAAGGCGAGAUCUCGCCUACCGGGAUGGAAAUUUCUCCAUAUAAACACUCACAAGCGGACUAGUCCGGAUGAAGGUUCAAAGAUACCGCCGCAAGCUAUUUUUAACAACUGUCAAAACAAUACAAUGUAACAAAAUUGUCCCAGCAAGCGAAUGAAAUUUUCUCAUAUAAACACAAGAGAAAUUCAUCUCGCUUACCGGGCUGUCUCGCUAAGCGGGCCAGCCCGGCCUCCAUAUAAACAGGCCCUAAGCCGACAAAAUCAAAGCUGAAGUUUAUGCCGGUAAAUCAGGACAAAUCUUUAUCCGAUUUACAAGCAUUCAUUGAUUAAACGUUCAUUUCUUUUGUAUUUUCCUCAUGAAUUAUUAAUGUUUUUUUAAAUAUAUUUAAAAACCCGUAUGAAUUUUCAGUAUUAGAAGAAUAUAAUGAUGUUCUAAACCAUGUAAACGUCGAAUUAAAUAAACAUUCCAAAACUUAGGUUAUAGGCAUCAGCGCUUAAGGCCAUGUUACACGGUGCAAUUUUUCUUGCAACCUGCAAUGCAUUAUUUUGAAAAAUAAAUAUUGCAAGUUGCAGUGUAAUGUCAGACGAGAGUGCAACUUGUUUUGCGACCUGCAAUCUCGCGCCAGCAUUAAUUCUUCUUUUCCUUUCUUUGCCCAACUCUCACCGCUCUUCCAUAGGCAAGGACAAUUUUCCAUUUCCUCCAAAAUGGCAAUUUUGUCAAAAUCUGUUAAUUUUGUCGUCUUCGCCAGGUCAUUUGCCGGUUCACUUUAAUUUUAUUCUUCUUCUUCGUUCAUGGUUUGAUCGAAGCUCAACAAUAAGUCCGCCAUUUUGAAUUGCCAAAAACUCAUCCUGAUUGCAGGCUAUGAAGCUUUCUGAUUGGCUAAUUUCUUAAGUAUUGCGAGACAAGUUGCAGAUGGGGAUGUUAGACGCUGCAACUUGUCUCGCAGCAUUGCAAAAAGUAGAAGCCGGUGCCCCAGGAUUUUCGCCCCCCCCCUACAUUUUCGCCCCCCGGGGGGCGAAAUUCCUAGGAAUAUCGCCCGCCUAGGGGGGCGAAAAUCCUAGGAAUUUCGCCCCCCUUUAGGAAAUUCGCCCCCCUUUAGAAACUCCACCUUUUCUUUAGGAUUUUCGUCCUCCGUUCAAAAUUUCGCCCUUCCUAACAGUUGCAUGGGAUAAUUAUUACAUGGCUUUAAUCAUUUGAAAUCAGUAUCAAUUCAAAAUUGUUAAGACAGAGCUUGAAAUAACAACCGAUCACCGAUCGGCAAGGAAUUGCUUAUGAUCGGCGGAAAAGCAGGGUUUCGGUUUCCAACCUGAAAAAAGCAGGGAAAGUCACGACUGCCGAUCAAUUCAAGCCCUGCAUGUAAGAAUACAAAUUUACAAUUACAUGUAUCGAAAUGGUUUUACAAAGUUACAGUAGAUCAAUACUCAAUAGGACUUAUGAUGCUUCACAGCACACAUGCAUAUUUUGCAUUUUCAGUGUUAAUCCUUAAACUCAUUGUUAAAAAGUAAUCACCGUGGUGGUUAUUGUAAUUAUUGGUAUUGUUUUGCAUCCACGUUUUGUCGUUAUCGGAAAAUGUAUGGUUUGUCACUUUUUUUACUUGCAUUAUUUCAAUAUAGUUUGUAAAUCUCAGAAGCGAAGGGUAGAACUUGCCAAUAGGCAAUAAUCCAAUAAUAUACGUUUCAAAAAAGACAAGAAAGCUUUCAGUUUUGCAGAGUUACAUUCUCAAAUGUUCAAGGCAUGCACUAAUAAAAUCAAAGAAUCAUGAAAUUAUUUGAAUAAACCACACCACAUAUAUAAUGCAAUUUUCUUUGCGGAAGUGAAGAAUCAAGAUUACAUCACUGACACGGAAAGUUGACGAUUCAACGGACAAUAGUCAAUACGCUUCUCAACACAUUCCAUUGAUUUUUUACUAAUCCUAUAGUUUGUUGUUAGCAAGUGAUUACUGUGGCGGCUAUUGUUAACACUCGUAUUGAUAAAAUUUGCAAGCAAUUGUUUUUAUAAUAUGUUAUGUGAAUGUAAACUGCCAGAAGAAUACGACAACAUGAUCGUUUUGUUUUUAGAUCAAAAAUUCAAAAUUUAUAUGGGGGGGGGGGCGAAAUUCCUAAAGGGGGGCGAUAUUCCUAGGAGAUUCGCCCCCCUGGGGGCGAAUAUCCUAGGAAUAUCGCCCCCCUUUUGAGAGGGGGGCGAAUCUUCUGAGGGAGGCGAAUCUCCUGUGACAGAGCCGGUCCAACUUUCCAUGCAACUUGCAAUGCAAUUUUUUAAUUCAAGACGUGUUAGAUGCAAUCUGCUUUGCAACUUGCAACGCAAGCCAUUGCAUCGCAGGUUGCAAGAAAAAUUGCACCGUGUAACAUGGCCUUUAAAUUCCUGACGCAUGGGCACCUACAACCUUGGACAUAACUGGUUGAGACUAUUUUCCCCCUAUAGAAAAUUCGCGUAUUUUUAUGAUAAACUCCAUGUAGAAUCAUGUUGCCAUUCUUAAACCCCCACUCCCCCAACUCAAUGUUGAGCUUGUAUCAUGGUAUAUUACCAAAAGUUGUUUCGGCGUUGUUCACAAUAUUGAACUGGGGGGGAGGGGGAGACAAAGUUUGUUUUAUCAAUGUUCAAUAACUUUGUAAUAUUAGCUGGAAUGGUCUCAAGGGUUUUGUCCAAGAUUGUAGCUCUUGGUUGCCAAAAAUGUAUUUGCAUGGAAGCAGUUGGUUACAAUUUAGUUUAAAUAUAGUUGCAAUAUUUAUUGCACCCGCUUUCAAAAUUACGCGGCAUAACCGAAAUAGCUAUGGUUGACAUGUCAGUUUUAUGCACAUGCUCAUGAAGUUCAACUAAAUUAAAUUGUUCACAACUGUCACUUUUGUGGUUUGAAAUAUUAAAUAAAAAUAUUCCCUUUAAGGCAAGGUGGUUUGUUUGAUACACAAUUAAAUUUAAGGUUAAAUUUUUCAAACUUUAAAUUAAAGUCAUUCACGACACAUAAUUAUUUCGUAUGUGAUGAUUUGUUUCUUUUAGUGUAUAUAUCUAUAGCUGGUUUUGGUUCAAUGUUCUCCUUUAAUUAGGUAUCAAAAACUGUUAUUAAUGCCUGUUGUUUACAUUUACUAUUUUGAUCGGUUCCUGUGUCAUAAGACCUACAUUUCAACUAAGAUUAUUUUUGGGCAGGUCGCGCAAAUUUUGAAAACGAUCGUAAUUAGGAAUCUGGAAAUUAGUCACGGUUGUCAAGAUGAAGAACUAUAGCUGUAUAUCUACAGCGCAGUGUUUCGUUUUUGUAAAAUCUGUCCAUGUUUAGUCAUAUUUCGUCACAUCAUCAAUGUACUGUAUGCAUGUAUCCUUGAAAAUCCAUUCUCUUUUAACUAUAAAUUGUUGUCAACUGUUUCAUAUUAACAAACCUGACGACAAACACAAGGAAAAAAACCAAAAAAAAACGCACGAAAGAUGUCGCGAUUUGCAAAGAAUUGCAUGUAUACCCAUAUGUAUAUAGGAUCAUUGGUAUACUUAAUAAUAUACUUUGCAUAUAUUACUGAAAAUUGGCCUAUCUUAAUUUUGUUUCAUGGAUUUCGAUGUAGAUGCAAAAAGGACAAAACCGUAAAAUUUCAUAAAUCAUCAGGAGACACUACAAGAUUUAGCUUCCUGGUGUUUCGUUUCCGUGGCUUACAUCAUUACAACACACGUGUUCACUGCAGAGUCAGUGUGUGUGAGAAAAAGAAUAAAUCGUGUCACUUGGGAUGUCGAUCAUCAAAGCGUAUGUUAUCUCCAGCGGAUGAUAAAAACAUGAGAUAUUUCUAUUAAACAUGCACUUGGUAAGUUUUCAAUGACUCUACUUUUCUUAUGUGAUUGUAAGAGUCGUUUGACAAAAAAAGCUUUAAAAUGUGCUAUAAAUAUCCGUAGGCCUAUCAUUAAAUUGUGGGCUGAUUUUAACAAUGAUAAAAUGUCUUUCAAAUAAUAAAUUAUAAUGAAACUGAAAGUAAAACGAAGAGUAUAUGAAGGAUAUUAUUACGAUAACGACGAAAUACACGUUUUUUCAUAUUGUGGAAUUUACACGAAAAUUGUGUGUAAGAUACACGAACACGUAUUGGACAAAUACAUAGUCUUGCACACCGCUUACGACGCUUACGAACUAUUUUGCAUUUCUUUUUACCAUGCAGCUUCCCGAGACGGCAUAUCAUCAAAGAUGAAAAAUGGAAUUGGAUAACGGACAAUGCAUACUUGGAUAUACCCACAUGUAUUCUCAUCUUCUUUAUAAAGUACAAAAUAUAUAAUCAUGGACUGUGGAAUCAAUACCAUGCGAAUACGCAGUAAUACCAUAAAUAUAACCAUUAAUUCAGUAAAACCAUGAUACUGAUCUUUAAGUUUAUCGUUGUUGGUAGUUUUGAGAAAUUGCGUGGUAACAUAUUUUUUUUAUUAUAGGGGUUAAAUAUAUAACUGGGGUUUUAGUUAAGAUUGAAAAAUCAUUCUUAUAAUUUAGUUAAUGGCUGAUGAUUGAGAAUGGUGUAGUAGAACAAGUAUAUUAAAAUAAAAUCAAACUGAAAACGUACAGCAUACAGUAUAUGUUAAACAGCUAAUAAUACACAUUAAAAUAUUACUG